AUGCGUCGGUCCGGGGCAGUGACUGAAAUUGUAAAAAAAGGUCUCUUAGUGAAAUGCCAGACGAAUGCUCAGCUCUGUCGUACCCCUGGAAAGAGUGAUCACAUCUUGUCCAUCGCACUGUGUGGCAUUCUUGGUUUACUCCUCCAUGAUUCAAAUGUAGAUGCUGCUCCGGAAAUAUGUGAAGGAUUGUCGCUGUUACAGCAUAGAGGACAAGAUGCGUGCGGGAUCGUCACUUGUGGCCCGAAAGGUCGUUUCUACCAAUGCAAGGCCAACGGGAUGGUCCGGGAUGUUUUCGAUUCCAAUGCCAUCGCAAGACUGAUUGGAGGCAUGGGAAUUGGUCAUGCCCUUCUAUGUCACUCACCGUAUGGCAUCGUAUUCGCCCAUAAUGGGAACUUGAUCAACACCGAAUCAUUACUGCAUUACAUGGAUGCCACAGCACACCGGCAUAUCAACACAUCAUCAGAUUCAGAAUUGCUUCUCAACAUAUUUGCCAACAACCUACAGCAGACGGGAAAAUUCAGAAUUAACGAAGAAGACAUCUUCACGGCAAUAGGAGGUCUAAUGAAGCAAUGCAAGGGUGCAUAUGCCUGUGUGGCUAUGCUUGCUGGGUUUGGUAUAAUCGCCUUUAGGGAUCCUAAUGGCAUCAGACCGGUUGGCUUGGCCGUGAGGAAAUCUGGCUCUGGGCGCGAUUAUGUAUUUGCCAGCGAGAGUCUUGUUGCUGACGCGGCAGGAUUCAGCGAGUGGGAAGAUGUUAAACCUGGCGAGGCUGUGAUCAUCACUCGAGCAGGGAUUUCACGACGACAGGUGGCUGAACCAGCAACCUUUGCACCUGACAUUUUUGAAUAUGUCUAUUUUGCUCGCCCCGAUUCUGUUCUUGACGGAAUCAGCGUUUAUCGCAGUCGCAUGGCUAUGGGUGAUUCUCUCGCAGAGGAAGUAGACAAAAUCCUGAAAGAGAAGCAGAUAACUGUGGAUGUGGUCAUCCCAGUCCCCGAUACUUCAAGAGUUGCUGCCCUUAACCUCGCGCAAAAAUUAUGUCUUCCUUACAGGGAAGGUUUUAUCAAGAACAGAUAUGUGGGAAGAACCUUCAUUAUGCCUGGACAACAAAUGCGAAAGAAAAAUGUUCGGCGGAAACUCAAUGCAAUGGCUUUGGAAUUUGUGAACAAAAACGUGCUCCUUGUUGAUGAUUCAAUUGUUCGUGGUACAACGUCGAAGGAAAUCAUCCAGAUGGCAAAAGACGUAGGUGCCAAAAAGGUCAUAGUUGCAAGCUGUGCGCCACCCAUUCGCCAUUCGAACGUAUACGGGAUAGAUAUGCCGUCGCGCAAUGAACUAGUUGCUCAUGGUCGUAGUACGAGCGAAAUUGCUGAAGAAAUUGGCGCGGAUCUUGUAAUUUUCCAAACGCUCCCGGACUUGAUUUCUUCUGUGCGGCAGUUCAAUCCCACUAUAACAAAGUUCGACUGCUCCGUUUUCACCGGCGAAUACGUUACUGGCGGCGUGGACGAGGGAUAUCUACAGCAUCUUGAGCAGCUGAGGGCUGAUAAUGUGAAGGAUAAGGUGGUUCGUGGAGACCUAGGCGCACUUGAAGGCAAGGGAGGAGGGGGUCAAGCUGGGUCAGCAGAGCGGGUGAAUGGUAUAAGUUCGAGUGGUCCCAUUAAUGGAGCGGAUGACACAGUCGGGCUGCACAAUACAUGGAACGUUAGCUGA